ACCUGAGAUUAUCUGGCUGUGAUCAGUGUCAAUGACAUUAUAUAUUUUGGGUUUACUUGUCCUUUCACUUGUGCCAAAAGUGAACUGACAUGAGGCCAGUUGUUGUAACUGCUGACAUGUUGCAGCUCUUCCUCAUUUAAAUCAAAUGAGUAAGUGAGUGAGUGUUGCUGUUUGAAGGCUGGUUUCCUGAAUGUGCCGUGAUCCGUGUCACUUGCAGCAAGCAGCAACCUGCUAACACGGCUGCUUUUUAGAAAGUGACUUCAAGUUGAGCGGAUUAGUUCAACGGGGACUAUUUUUUACCAGCUGCAAAGAUGACCUUACAAUUUAAAGAUGCCUUUUGGGGAGAUGACUUCAUCAGUAAUAUUGGGUAUGAGAAUAUCAGUCAGCGACUUAAUGAUGGCCGACGGACAUGCAAAGAUAUGGAGGAGCUCCUAAAAAUGAGAGCAUCGGCAGAGGAGAAAUAUGGCAAAGAACUGGUCACAAUUGCCCGCAAGGCUGGAGGUUUAUACGAGAUCUGCACUUUGAGAACCGCUUUUGAUGAAAUGAAAACACAAAUUGAAAAUGUAGGAAACCUGCACAUUCAGCUUUCUGGAUUACUAAAGGAGGAGAUCAAGAGAAUGGAGCAGUUUAGAGAGCGACAGAAAGAACAGAGAAAGAAGUUUGAAGUCAUAAUGGAGAAGGUCCAGAAGACAAAAGUCUCUCUCUACAAGAAAACAAUAGAAUCUAAAAGGUCCUAUGAGCAGCGCUGCAAGGAGGCAGAUGAGGCAGAGCAAACAGCUGAGAAGAUGGGCAACGCACCCACAGCCACUCCCAAACAGAUUGAAAAGAUGAACAACAAAUCUAAACAAUGCAGAGAAGCUGCAGAAGAAGCUGAGAAAAACUACAUCUCAAACAUUGAACAGCUUGACAAGACUCGCCAAGAAUGGGAAUCAACACAUAUCAACACAUGCGAGCUGUUUCAGCAACAGGAAGAGGACCGUAUCAGCGUUAUAAGAAAUGCGUUGUGGGUACACUGUAACCAUUUAUCAAUGCAGAGUGUGAAAGAUGAUGAGUGUUAUGAGGAUAUGAGGAAAACACUGGAAAAGUGUGACAUCAUCGCAGACAACAAUUGCUUUGUGGAGAUGAAACGCACUGGCUCAACCCCCCCAGCUCCAAUUGAAUACCAAAAUUACUACGAGAGGGACGCUGCAGCUGACAGGAACGGCAGUGCUGGCUUUGUCGGGGGAGUCAUGAAAAGGUUUUCAAAUCUCCUGCAGGGAAACUGUUCCACUGGCUCCAAACUCAGCCUUAAUGAACCAGCGCAACCUACUGGUGUAGUAGCAGAAACAUCAGAAGGAGUGUAUGCAUCCAUUCCUGGAUUUCAGGGGUCCCAGUUGAGCAGUGACCAGUACAAAGCCGUGUAUGAUUAUGUGGCACAGGGGGGUGAUGAGCUCUCUCUAUCUUUUGGGGACAUUGUGGUGGUCAUCGAUCAAGGUGAGGAUGGCUGGUGGACAGUGGAAAGAAAUGGCCUUACUGGAUUGGUUCCUGGCUCGUACCUUGACAAAGAAUGAGUUUACCUUAUAGGCAUAGGGCUGUAUAACUACUACAUUUCUUCAUGUAACAUUUUGUAAAGACCUUGUUAUUUUAAAUUGCCUUAAGGUCUGAUCUCAACUGUUGUUCAUAUCUCUAUUAGAAGUAUCAUGAAAGCUCCUGUCAAACUUUAGCUCCCCUUAUAAGUAUCAUAAAAGACUCUGAACCUGACGUAACCCUGUAACAUGGCUGCUUCCUUAAGAAACUGCUGAGUUAAAUGACCCAGUGAUAUCUAAGUGUCAGCAAUGACAGCCUUUAGCACAGAGUCCACUGGAGCAUUAUUUAUUAAAAGGAAAAGACAUAAUGCCGUGCCACAGUUCCUUGCAGCAAACCCACAGCAAUAAUACACCAUCACAUAAUUAUGUAGCCUAGUGUGAGUAGUCUGACUCUCUUUGCACUGUGGUCAUCUUAUUCUAUAAAUUCGUUUUGUUUUUAAUAGAAGACAUAUGAGUUACCAUUUAACCACAGCCCAAGUGACCGAUGGGCUUAUUCAUGCUAUUAAAAUAUCACAUAAUACGUCUAGGGGAUUUCACACACAGUAGUAUAACAUAGUGUUGAAUGGUGAAUUAUUUAUUGCUAGGGCACAUAUUCACAUUACUUCACUCUCACAGCUGGUGUGUCGAGUGCUCCUCAUACCAAUGACAGCUGGGAGAUCUAUUGCACAAGGUCAUGGCACUAAGUUUGUUCAUAUACUGUAGUAUUUUUGUAGUCCUAAAUGUUGGGCUGAAUGUUUGAUUUCUGUUAAUGCCUGUAUAUAAUUUCUGUGUGUAUUCUGUGUGAUUUUUUCUAAAAAAGAAUAAUUAUAAUAUAUGAGAAAGUUGUAUUUAUUCAAAUCCUAAGGUUUUGUUUUUUUUACACACCAACGUUGAUAUUAGCACCUACUAUUAAGAAAACUAUUUAGCAUGUGACAAGCAUGUGCUUAGGACUUAUUUAUUGUAGUGAAGGCAGUUCUCAUUUAUGUGGACUACAAGAAGACCAGACCCAUUUGAAUGAAGUAGGUGAAAUCCAACCAGGCACUAUUCUUGGGUGACGUGUCUGCAAGUCUGCUCUCUUUGGUACAAAGAUAUCUGGUUACUGUGCAACGCCUAACUCAUUGCUAGCUCAGUGUCUAUCAAGUAACGAAAGUCAGUUUAAGCGCAUGUAAACGUCUAUAUAACGAUUGUUAGGUGCACACAAGAUGUACAGGCACCACCAAGUCAAGUAUAUUUAUGCAUGUGUUAGAUUUUGGGCCCACGAGAACUGUGCACCUAGUUUGAAUAUGUAAAACUUACAAAGAUUAAAUAAGAAUCUGACUGAAUAUGUGAGCCGCACAAAAAAUGGACUGAUCUCAAACUUUUCCCACAUUUUAUUUACAUUCUUGAGUCAUAUCAGCAAAUCAAAUUCUUAAAAGUACCAUCAGUAGACUGUUGAGACAAAACCAAACAAA